GUUUCCUUUGUUGCUUCGAAUUUGGUGCUUUCAGCUUUGGUACAGAGUUUCCAAGAUUUUGGCUGAAGAUGCUGCCUGGAAAUUUGUGAGGGAGAACAAAAUUGACAUGGUUACCAUCAAUCCAGCUACAACAAUUGGACCACUCUUGCAACCAACGCUUAACGCUAGUGCUGCUGUAAUUUUAAAUCUGAUAAAUGGUGCACAAACAUUUCCAAAUAAUAGUUUUGGAUGGGUCAACGUGAAAGAUGUUGCAAAUGCCCAUAUUCAAGCAUUUGAAACUUGUUCAGCUAAUGGAAGAUAUGUUUUGGUUGAAAGGGUAGCACACUUCUAUGAUAUUGUACAGAUUUUGAGUGAACUAUACCCCUUGUUGGAACUUCCUGAAAAGUGUGUAGACCAGAGGCCAUUGGAGCCUAAAUAUCAGGUUUCUAAGGAAAAAGCAAAAACUUUGGGAAUUGAUUUUAUUCCAUUGGAAGUGAGCCUCAUGGAGACUGUUGAAAGCUUAAAGGAUAAGAAAUUUGUCAACUUUUGACUUUGUAAUCUUUCCUUGUAGAGUAAACAUAGA